AUGUCUUCCAUCCUCCCUCCAGCCCCCCAGCUACCUGGGAUGGCACCUGGGGCGACCACCAUUCGCGUCGGACCACUGGCAUCAGUUGCUGCCGUGACGAGGAAGCAACGGCAGAAUAUUUUUCAAAAGUGGCAAAUCUAUUUCCGCAACGUGCUAGGCAUGGAUCCGGAUGAUAUCUGGCUUCAGCUCUGCGACGAAAGUUUCAAAGCGAUAGAAUACUGCCAGGCCUUUCUUCAAGACUAUGUCGUCUACUCAGUCGAGCAACGAAUCGCUCUGGGACCGCAAGAGUAUGACGAUGUAAGGACUGUGACCUGCACCAAGACGGUCUUGGAAGCAUGGAAAGGUUUAGUGAGGUAUGCCGACGAACAAGUUCUCUAG